AUGAAAUCGCAUAAAUCCCAAAUAUUCCCAAGAAUGAUUUUAUUUAAUGGCUACUGUUAAAAUUCAAAUGAUCUUCAUAUGAUAGAUGUGAAAUUUUCUUUCAAUAAGGAAACCUAUUUGGUUAUGAAAUACAAAAGAACAAUUGCAUUAAAAAUAUCAUUAUUUCUCCAUAAUAAAAGGGAUAAAUUUGUUCAAUAUAAAGGAAUCAAUCUUGAUUUAAAGAGGAAAAUAAUAGUGUUUUUUGAAAUAAAUAAACCUAAUUUAUAAUUAAAUAAAUCCUUUAAAAAUGAAUAUAGAGGUCUUGUUUGGAUUAAUAAAAUAUGA